GUCGCGUCGAUUCUCGGCCCGACGUAUAUUACAAAACUAGCUCACACGUGUUGGCUCUCCUGUGAGAUAAUCCACAUACUUACACACUUCGCGAGUGAUAUAAAUAUAUUUUAUUAUAUUGUUAUAUAUUAUACAUGAAAGUGAAACAUGUGAAAAUCGACAGAAAGUGUCGAUCGGUCGAGCGAGGGAAAAAUAAGGUGGCAGUGCGCUGCUUGCGUGAAGGGCAACAAUCAUAAUCCCAAGAACGCACCAGCAGCGAUAUGACGUCCGAGCGCUUUCACAAAGCCGCGAAGGAAAAUAUCCUCGAGAUACUGAAGGAGGCGACGAGAAAAGACUGCAACACGCGGGACGAUGGCGGCAUGACCCCGACGCUAUGGUCAGCCUUCGAAGGUCACAUCGAGGCGCUCAGGCUUUUAGUCGCUAAAGGAGGCGAUCCCGACAAAGCCGACUACUUUGGCAACACGGCGCUGCACUUGGCUGCGGCCCGGGGCCACGAGCUCUGCGUGCGCUUCCUCGUCAAGUUCGGCUGCAACAUCUGGUCGCUGGACAUCGAUCGGCACUCGGCCCGCGAGCUCGCCGCCAUCAACGGCCGCGAUCGCAUACUCCAGUUUCUGGAUCUCGCCCAGGCCGACCAGGAGCUCAACAGCCGCAAGAAGAGCCGACUGAUGAAGGACAAGGCCGAGAAGGAGGCGGAAAAGAGGUUGAAGGAGUACGUGAAACGUCAGAAGCUCGCGGAGUCGCGCGCCGAAAAGGAGCAAAAGAAGCUGCUCAAGCAGCAGCAGCAGCAGCAACAGCAGCAGAUGCAACAGACCGCGACACAGGGUGAACUGGUCAACGGCACGCUGAGCCACACGAACGGCGUGACGACCUUCAAGGGCCGCAUGAAGCCGUCGCCGACGUACAGCGACAUCGUGGGCACGGCCACGAAACGACACGCGGGCAUCGUCGGCAAGAAGGCGUUGGCAGCCCGCAGGGCCGUCGACGAUUUCAAGGUCGUCCAGAUCGAGGUCGACGGAAAGAAGUCGGUGCGCAGCUUGACGGGCCUGCGCCGCGACUCGGAGGUGAUGUACGUCGGCACGUACGACACCAACACCCUCGUCCUGUCCAAUAACAAGCCUAGUCAAACGAAUUACAACAAUAACAACAACAACAACUACAACAACAACAAUAAUCACAACAAUAAUAACAACAACAAUCCCGCGAUAAUGAGGCGCGGCAAGAUCUCCGACGUUUGGGGCUCGCUGAAUCGAGCGCGAAGCACGCCCGAUCUGCUGGGCGAUCGUUGCCCCGAGCUCGACGAGGAAGAGGACGAAGCGGCGAGCGGAGACGAGGCAGACAGUACGAGCGUGAUCGAGCAGAGGCUUCAGUUGCAGGAGCCCGCGAGUAUAUUCAACAGGCCCGGCUUCGGUUCCGUUGCCUUCAGACGAUCGAUAGCCUCGACGCUGGACAAUUUACCGGUGACCCAGGUGGAGAUCCAUCGCAACGAGAACGGCGAGCAGCUCUAUCAGAGCUCCAAUGGCUCGUCGUCGGGCAACGGCGAUCAUCUACCCAGUGGCGUUAACCCACUGCAACAACAACAGCAGCAGCAGCACCACCACCACCACCAUCGCCAGCAUCAGCUACACCAGCAACACAGAAACGGACACAACGAGGAAAUCAGCAUCGGAAGCGCCGGAAGUUUGGCGCGAAGGCAGAGCAUGUGGGACGACGAUUUGAUUUCCGACGAAGAUGAAACAGACGAAGAAUGGACGCCGCUGCAACGUUUUCUGGUGGCCAAUAAUCUCGCCUCGAUUCAUCCGACCCUCGAAGCCGAGCAGAUCGACCUCGAGGCCCUGAUGCUGCUCACCGAGAACGACAUAGCCGCGCUGAAAUUGCCGCUGGGUCCAAGGCGGAAAUUGCUUCACGCCAUAGCGAGCCGCAAAAAGGCCCUCGAGGCUCACGAGUCGGUUAUCAAAGAUAUCAGAUUAUGAAGUUCGCGAGUUCGCAUAAAUGUGAGAUUGUCGUCGAAUAUUCAUCGCUGACUCUCUGAAUUUAUGGGAAAUUAAGGUCGAGAUUCGAUCGACUCGCACGGAUUCCAAAUACUGCCUUCCACUGAACUUUUGGAAAGAUAUAUUUUAUUACUAUCUUGUACGAGAUAUUCGUUGUAAUAAAUAAGUAUGUUAUUUGUACAUUGCUUUAAUUUUAAUAUAAUUUUACGAAUGAUACAAUGAUUUGUAAUUAUUAGGCGUUACAAUAUUGUUUGCAAUUAUUCAUGAGAUAGUUUAAAGAAUGUAUAUCAAAGCAAAUUAAUGACAAUUGAUUUUCAUAGGCACUACAAUAAAUGUAAUAAGAAGUUAAAAAAGAACGAAUAAUUUUACAAGUAAUAUUUACU